AUGCUCUCGAUGGCCCCAGCGUCGCCCGUCUCGGUCGCGGCGCCCGCGCUCCGCGGCGCCCACGCGGCCAUGCUCUCGGACCUCAUGGGCACGCCCCGCAGCGGCCUACCCCACCGCCUCAUCGCGCGCUCCGGCCGGCCGCUCGACGUGCUACCGUUCCUCGACGCCAUCUUGGCCGACGACGAUAUGGCCGCGUCCAUGGCCAACCACCGCGCCCGCUUCGCCUGUCUCCUCGCAGCCGGCGGAUCGCCAGCGCCAGGAACCAUGAACGGAUCAGAAGCGCACGGCGUCCACGCCCACUUCAAGCAACACCAUACGACCAAGGUGAGCACAGAAGGCGCGACCCGGUGCAGCGGCCAGUAG